CCCCUUUUAUGACCACGUGAAGAAAUGGCUGCAAGAAGCAAGGCAGUUGCUAAAGUGAUAGGAACGCUCCGAGUUCGUGUGCCAGCUGGUGGAGCCUCUCCCUCGCCGCCACUGGGGCCAGCUCUGGGACAAAGAGGGGUGAACAUCGGACUGUUCUGUAAGGAGUUUAACGAGAAGACAAACGACAUUAAAGAAGGCGUACCCAUUCCUGUCACUGUUACAAUUAAUUCUGACCGUAGUUUCUCCUUCACAACGUCCACCCCUCCCACCUCCUACUUCCUCAAGGCAGCUGCUGGAAUAGAGAAGGGGGCUGCCCAACCAGGGCACCAAGUGGCAGGGGAGGUGUCCCUCAAGCACAUCUAUGAAAUAGCUCUGGUCAAGUCCAAGGACCCUGUCUUUGAUGGCAUAGCACUGGAGAGUGUGUGUAAGACGGUGAUGGGAUCUGCUAGAAGUCUAGGCAUCAGGAUUGUUAGAUAAACUAUUAUAUUAUUCAUCAUCAUUCUUGUUCAAAUACUGUUAUUAUCGAUAUAAAUUAUUUUGGGAAG